CUUCUUUCUCUCUCUCUCUUUUCUUCCUUCAAUCGAAGAAGAAUCUCUCCUUCUCAAACUUACCAUGUCAUUUGUCUCCGAAGAAAUCUUCUUACAGUCGACAUCUUCUAUACCUCUAGCAUAGCUUCUUUCCCUCACCCUCUCCAUUUUCACCAGACAACCCUUACUUCUCGACCCAUUCUCCAAACCUAAGGCUAUAUAACCCGCCUGUCAGGGUCCAAACAAGCACAGGGGAGAAAAAAAAAGACCAAUCUUUUCCCCCUUGAUUUGCCACAGCGGCCAUUCUCUUCACAUAUUUGCUCUGCCAACUACAAUUAUCACCAUGCCAGACUUACGUCGUCAGGUGUUGGAGAGCGGCAAGACGAUCUCUCGCAAGGCCGCCUCUCGUGAAGGCUCGCGCCGCACAUCGCGCACCGCCUCCGCCCAAAACUCUCGUCCUUCGUCGCGGCCGACCAGUCGCUAUGGCUCGGAUGAAGAAGAUGCAGGAAACCUAAGCGAUGAGACCACUGCUUUGAGCAUUGGCUCGUUGGAUGACCUCACUGAAGAUCCCGAUCAGGACACCAACAACUGGACGCAGGAACUCGACGAUGUCGUUGCUGACAUCCUCGACCGCAAGCGUAGCAGUAUCCUAAGUCGCGAGGAGGCCUACGCCGCGUUCUGUCGCCUGGCCAAGUCCCAUUACGUCGAGGAUCACAUUCGUAGCCAGGUCUCUGAUCUGCUGGCGGCCUUCUGCCGCAGUGUCAAGUUCGAGUCCAGCGUGCGCGAGACAACACUAGCUCUGCGCGCCCUCGAGCUCUUGGCCAUCACGGCCUUUGACAACACUAUCUAUGAGAAUGUCGAGUCACUCCUAUCCCGCAGCAUUCGGGACUCCACCUCGACCUCGAUCAAAGCCGCCGCCAUCCACUGUCUUGGUGUUUGCACUAUGUUCGGUGGUGCUGGUGAAGACGGCAUCCUCGAUCAGAUGACCUUCUUCCUCGACAUCGCGGCCUCCGAUGGCCAGUCUAUUGACGCCCCGGAUGAUGCCAACAGUGUUACGGCCGCGUUGCAGGAAUGGGGAAUGCUCGCGACAGAGAUUGACGAUCUCGAAGGUGAGAGUGAGGAUGCUGUGCAGAUCUUCAUGGAUCAGCUGGACAGCGGCGACUCGGGCGUGCAAGUCGCCGCUGGGGAGAAUAUUGCGCUCCUCUAUGAAAAGAGCUAUACCGAGCAGGAAGACGACGAAGACGAGGAAGAUGAGGAAGGUCAUUCCAAUGACGCUGACUCCGACGAAGAGUCCUUCUUAUCGCCCGGCGAGCGGUCCGGCCCCAAGCUCAUCAAGCGCUACAAUGCCUACCACAACACCCACGAGCUCGAACAGCAAUUGCAGUCGUUGGCCACGAUCCACAACAAACGCAUCAGCAAACGCGACAAGAAGAGCCUGCACAGCAACUUCACCUCCAUCUUAACCACCGUUACCAACCCACGGCGAGGGCCCAUGUAUAACACCGCCAUUGAUCAAGACACGAACCGGCGUUACGGCAGCAAGUUGACCGUUAAGGUCGGCAGCCAGGGUGUCAUGAACAUUGACCGGUGGUGGAAGUGGAUCCGUCUGAACUCGCUCCGUCGCAUCUUGCAGGGUGGGUUUGCCGCCCAUUACUUCCAGGGAAACCGUGCCGUCCUCGAUAAUCUCCCCGUGAUGGUACGCAUGAACUUCGCCUCUUCCUCAGAUCGUAGCGCUGCGAAACGCGCCGCCAAAUCCCGGAAUAACCGCCGAUGGGCUGUCCAUGAUCACUCCGAUGAAGAAUAUUAGUCAAAAUUAGAUCUUCGCGAUAUGCGCCUUUCCCUUUACUCUAUUACAUGCUUUUCUUUUUUCUUAUUUUUUCUUGCAAGAUUCAGAUUCCUUUUAUCUGCCCUGCAUCUCGAUUGAUCAUAUUUGCCAUUUACACAACCUCAUAUAAAUAGUUACGGUAGAUGACCUAAUCGGCGGAUUCUUGUGCCUGACUUCUUUGCAUUCUUCAGAUUCCUGUCCCAGCUUCUUGUGUUACUCGUUCCAUGUGUAGUGUGGAAAUACAGAGCGAAUUGUUCUUCUAGUUUAUGG